AGAAGUUUGACCAACAACAGCAGGCAUUAUGGGAAAGAUCAUCUUCUAUGAGGACAAGAACUUUGGAGGCCGUUACUAUGAGUGCAUGAGCGACUGUGCCAACUUGCACUCUAUGUUUGACCACUGCCGCUCCAUUAGAGUGGAAAGUGGCAUGUUUAUGAUCUAUGACCGUCCGGGCUACGCGGGAAACCAAUACUUCAUGAGGAGGGGAGAGUACUCUGACUACAUGGGCAUGACCGGCAUGAAUGACUGUGUCAGAUCUUGUCGCAUGAUCCCCUCGCACAGUGGCAGCUUCAGGAUGAGGCUGUAUGAGCAUUUCGACAUGGAAGGUGGAAUGAUGGAACUGACGGAUGACUGUCCUAAUCUCAUGGACCGUUUCCGCCUCUCCAACUUCAACUCCUGCAAUGUGAUAGAUGGCCACUGGCUGAUGUAUGAGCAACACCACUACAGGGGGCGCCACUACUACCUCUCACCUGGCCAUUAUAGGAGCUUCAGCAACUGGAACGCCAUUAGCUCCAGGGUUGGGUCCAUCCGACGUCUCAUGGAUUUAUAAAGACGGAAGGACAGUUCUUGUGAAAUGUCUACUCUUUGCCUUGUUUUACACACUGAAUAAAAUGGCAUCAGUGCUCAAGUGUACUCCGUUUUGUUUUUGCUCUCUGCAUCUAGAGGGC